AUGGCUGAAUCGUGUGGAAACCCGGCCGCAGAGGCGGAUGCGCUUAUGCCUAAAAAGUCCAAGUUCGAUCGUUCAGAUAAAUGUGUAAAGUGCAAGGAAGCACGGGGUAAUCUCGUCGUGCGUCACGCUGUGUAUUGCAAGAACUGCUUCAGCGGUCAGCUUGAGGCGCGAUUUCGCAAGGCCUUAGAGCCACAAAUCAAUCAUAUCUCGUCCGGCACUCGACGCGGGGCUUUAAAGCCAGCAGGAGACCUACUCAUCGGAUUCUCUGGGAGUGCAGGCUCGAGUGUUCUCCUCGAUCUUGUGCACCGGACCUAUAUCGCGCCUAAAGCCGCUGUAGAGGAGGCUAAGGGUGGAAAGGAGCAUCCGCGCAAGGAGCGGGUAUGGCCUCACGUACGGGCAGCGUAUAUUGAAGUCGCAGACGCUUUCCCAGAUGGCAAGAUGCGAGAUAGAACUCAGGAGAUACGCGAGGUCGUCGCGGCGUAUGAUGGCAUUGAGUUCGUGCCGCUACGUAUACAGGAUGCUUUUGAUUCCGAAUGGUGGGCUCGAGUAACAGACAAACAAGCCGAGAACAUGUUCGUGGACUUGAGCGAUGAAGAGAUUCCAGUCUCACCACCUUCCGACUCGGUUGGCACACCACUGGAGACUCUACGUGCAUACCUGUCACAUCUACCAACCCCAACAGCCGUUCAAAGCGCCAUUUCUACCCUUGUCCGCGUCCUACUGCUGCAUACGGCAUACACAACCUCGUCGUCACAUCUUGUGCUUGGAACAUCUCUUACUUCCCUGUCGAUCUCCCUCAUUUCGACAAUAUCACAAGGUGGUGGUUUCGCCGUACCACAGUCCGCUCAGGAGGAAUGGUCUCCCAACUUCUGUCGCAAUCCUGCUGAGGAGACUGGGAUACCAAAUGGACAAACGAAGAAGCAACCAUGGCGAGGAGAAGUUCGCGUACUGAGGCCAUUGCGCGAAGUCGGAAUGAAGGAAUGCUCAGCAUGGGCUCGAUGGCACGACGUUCAUGUAGUCGGAAAAGCGCCUUUGCCUAUAUCUAAUGCACAUACCCAGACGAUUGAAGGUCUCACGAAAGACUUCAUCGUCGGUUUGGAGAAGGAUUUCCCGAGUACCGUGUCAACAAUUGCGAAGACGACGGCGAAGCUCGCGCCCAAGGGGACAAGUACUACGCGCUGUGCUUUGUGCGAACUACCCAUGCAACCGGGUGUGCAGGAGUGGAAGGCGCGCAUAUCAAUACGCUCGCGAUCGAACGGUGAUACAACUACAACGGGUACCCCUGCGACACAGUCUCUUGCACCGCUGCUGUGCUACGCAUGCCAUACUACUCUCACGAGUCGUAGCAGUCGCAGUGCAGCGCCGGGCAAAGCGAGUGCCGGAUCAACCGCGCCGAUCGUCAAGCUACCGAUCUGGGCGGCUUCCUGUGCGCACUCCGGGACUGGUACGGCUGUCGAACUGGCAGAUGCAUCUACGCACAGUACGCGAUCUGACGAAAUAUGGGAGACGAAGCCAUUGGACCGGCGGGAGAUGCGCGCGGCUGUGGGAGAGUUCUUGCUUGACUCAUAG